UCAAAUGUUGUCUUCUUAUUCGUGAUGAAGAAACACCAAUUCGUGGCAAAGUUCAAAAAUAUCAUUACAAGCUUUUUGGUGAGGAGGUAGCACUUAAGAAAUUAGAAUUAAAAGAAAUUGAAUCAGAAGUAAAAAAAAAAGUGCCAAAUACACUUGAACUUCAAAUUGGCAUCUUGAAAACUAUUAAUGAAUCACGAGACAUUAUUAAAUACAUCGGCCUUGUUACAAUUAAUUCUCAGAAAUUUCUCGUUACUGAAUGGGCUGAAUAUGGAACAUUGCGUGAAUAUUAUGAAAUGAAAAACCCAGAUAUCUCUGUCAGAGCGAGACUAGCUUUGGAAAUUGCACGUGGACUAAAUUACCUUAAUGCGUAUGAAAUAUAUCACCACGAUGUUCGAAGUGAAAAUGUAUUAGUUGAUUAUCUCGAACGCGCAAAAAUCACAAACUUUGAAUUGAGUCGUAGUUUUAGUGAAGCUGUUAGUAAAAAUAUUGAUGUUUCAAUGGAAAACGUUCGCUAUAUGGCACCUGAAAAGAUUAAAGAUAACACAAUACGAUAUAAUUCAAGAUGCGAGGUGUUCAGUUUCGGAAUGCUUUUAUGGGAACUUGCAGAACAAAAACUUCCUUUUUCUGAAACUGGACUUACUGUACUCGCAAUAAGUCAGUUAAUAUUAGACAGAGCGGUGAAUCUAAAAUUUUCAUGUCAUGAUGUACCAGAACCAUGGAAAAGUCUUGUAUUUAAAGCUACUAAUUACAGAGCCAAAGCUCGUCCAGAAAUGAACGAAAUACUUAGGGAAAUCGGAUUAAUAAAUGACUCGUUUAAUACAGACGCUCUCGAUGUGUCAGAUACAGAUGAUUUCGAUGCGUCAGAAUCAGAUAGUGAUCUACAGAAGUUAUCAUUUGAAGAAGCAGUUGAGCUAACAAAUCAUAAGGGCGUUUCUAAAGAUUCUAAAGAAAGAGCUUGGAAAACAAUUGCCAAAUAUUCAGAAAUGGAUAAUGAUUUUACUGCAAAAUAUUGGAAAGGAUAUUAUCUUUUUAAUAAAUUAAUUAGCUUUCCAUACUCUGAUGAUGAAAGAAUGCAGCUUGCUGCUGAUGCAUUUAAAGAAGCUGCUGAUGGUGAAAAUAUUCGGGAUGCACAAUUUAUGUACGCUUCAUGUAUUUAUAAAAAAGAUCCAUACACGGCGAUAAAAUAUUUUGAAAAAGCAGCUGAACAAAAUUAUACAGUUGCGAUGCAUAAUUUAGGAUUGCUAUAUUAUAAUGGUAAGUAUAUCGAUGCCGACAAAAAGAAAGGUGAAGAUUGGUUUAGAAGAGCUGCAGAUG